AAAUCACAUAACAAAGAUAAUUCUGGGUCAAUUGAGCAAUUUAACUUUAUGCUUUAAAUCUCUUUUGCUGCCUUCCACGGUCUCUUCCUCUUCUUUGUUAAUAUAUCAAAGUUCAAGUGAUUGGCAAAGCAAGAGUAUAAACACACACCUGCUGGAAUUAUAUCCAGUGCUACACUGUAACUCCACGUACAACGACUACAUUUUGUAACCUGAAUCUUUCUCCAAACACCUCUUAUUGUGUGUCAAACUCUACAAACUCAGCUAUGACUGAGGACAAAUUGGAACUGGAGGACGUUGGGUCAUCCCUGGUGGCAUCAGACUCUAAGAACGCAUCGGUCAAGCCUCCCAACUUGUUUGAGCGCCUAAUCCAGCCAUGUCUGGCUGAGCUGGUGGGGACAAUGUUCUUCGUGUUCAUUGGCUGUGUGUCGGUCAUAGAGAACGUGGAGGCUACAGGAAGGCUGCAGCCAGCUCUGGUACAUGGUCUGGCUGUGGCGGUCUUGGUAGCUUGUAUGGCAGAGAUCAGCGGAUCUCAUUUCAACCCCCCAUUCACCAUGGCCAUCUACCUGUGCGGGGGUAUGAAGCUUAAUAUGGUGGUGCCCUACCUAAUUAGUCAGGUCGUAGGGGGCAUUCUAGGGGCUUCAAUGUCAAAGUUGAUGACCUCCACAGAAAACUAUGCCAAGGCCCAAGGGGCCGCAUUUACUAUCCUGCAGUCAGAAGACCAACUUAUGGGGGCUCUGUUUGGGGAGAUGGCCAUGACCUGCCUGGUCACCAUGGUGGUUCUGUUGGGGGCGGUCAAUGCCAAGAGCAGCACCCCUAUGGUGCCCUUCAUGGUGGGCUGCACCGUCAUCAUCAACGUCCUAGCUGGAGGGGACGUGUCAGGAACCUGUCUGAACCCGGCCAGGGCCCUGGGUCCUGCUAUUCUGACCAACCACUGGGUGUACCACUGGGUCUAUUGGGUGGGGCCUAUAACUGGGGGUAUGGUUGCUGCUGCGCUGGUCAGACUACUGCUUGGAGACAGGAAGACACGUAUUCUCAUGAAGUAAUACCUUAUCAUGUUGAUAAAUUUGAGUAUCCCAAUUCUGUUUAUUUUGCUUCAUGCUUAAACAAAAAAUGUAAUGUAACAGAUAGACAAUUCACUGUAAGCAAUCAUGAUCUAUGUUAAUAUGACAUAAAAUGAACAAUCAUGCUGCAUUAUGAUAAUUAAAAUACCCUGUGGGGUAUAUAGCCUAACAAUGUAUAAUCAACAUGUUGUGAACUUUCGUUUUUUCAUCAUUAGCCUAAUUGCACUGUCUAUCCUCAAUAAAUGACUGUGAGCAUA